AUGCUAAUUCCAUACACAAGCAAAAUGAUUAAAAGUUGGGUAAAGCAUAAUGGAAAAAAAUUAUUCUGUGAUAUAUGUUGGGUAAUUGACAAGAGACAGUGCUAUUAUUAUAUUUUUAAAAAAAACUUAAGCAGUAUUUCAAUGAACAAGGUAAUGAACGGGAACCUGAAACAACAAUGUGGGAAGAAUAAUACUCUAAAUGAUGAAAUAGCUAAUCAUGUUAAAAAUCAAUAUGACAUUGAUCCUAAUUCAAUCGAUUUGAAUAUCCAAAGAAAUAAAGAAAAUAAUUUGUUUGAAUUAACUAACAGAUGGAAUACUUUUUUCAAAUGUGAAAAAAGUUUAUACAAAGUAAUAAAUAAAUAUUUAAAGACAAAUAACAUGGACUAUUCCUUACAUGAUUAUUUGAAGUGUACACCAAAUGAAGGAGUGCAAAAUUUGAAAGUUCUAUCACAUAGUUGGGAAAAUGUCAAAAACUUGAGGAAAGAACAGUGCAACAAGGAAGAAGAAAUUAUUAACAUUUUAAUUUACAUUAUGACUCUUUUUCAUAAACAAAUUCGAGACUUUAGUAUUUUUUCUAUGCUAAGUGAGAGGCUAAUAUGUUUGUUAAAUAUGGGAAAUAGUAAAAAUUACAGUGAACAGACUACAGACAGUGAUGUUAUAAAUAAAUACAAGUUCAAGUUCAACUGUAGUAAGGAUACCAUUUUGAAAGCUUUUCACGUUUACAAUUCUGUAAAAGUUAUGAACGAUGAGCUAUUCGACAUUCUCUUUGAUAAGUUAAACAAUUGUUACACAAUGUGUCCCACGCAGGAUCAUCAACAUGUUUUAAUAAACGAUGAGGAAAUUCUACUCACGCUAAUUACUUUGUAUAACCAGAAUUUCAAAAACCAUGCCAUUAUUGACACUAUUAUUAUGUCACUUAAAAAAUCCUCACAAGUGAGUCCAGCUGUUCUGGUAAACUCUAUUUUAUAUCUAACAUUACUAUCCAGAGUGGAUAUUCCUCUGCUUGAUCAGAUGAAUUCCUCUCUUUUUUAUGUUUCAGGGGGAGGGCAGCAAGACAUGGAUUACCAUGGAGAAGAGAAGGAACAAAUGAAUAGAACAAAAAAAGUGUACAAUACAACAAACACGGAUGAUAAUAACAUUUGCGAAAGUGAAAUUGAUAAGAUAAAAUUCAAAUUUGAAUUAUCAGCCACAGAUUGUAUAAAAUUGCUUUACGCCUAUUUUGUCUUAGGAGAAGAUUACAUUAACUGGUUUGUUAUCCAUAAACUGCUUUUACAACUGUGCGACAAUUUAAAGGAUGAACAGAAUAUACUUUUAUUAAAAAAAGAAAAAGAAAAAGGGAAAAUACAUGAAAUGGUAUGUAUUAUACGAAGUUUUUUAAGAUAUAAAAAAAGAAAUGUUUAUGAUAAUUUACCAAAAAGUGUUAAGAAAGUAUUAAAAAACUUAUGCAACCUUUAUACGGAUAAUGAAAAAAAAAAAAUUCGGGACAGAAAUUUUGUUCACAAAUUAUCAUGGCAUUUAAUAAAACUUCGCAUUCCACAUGUCAUAAAUAUAAAUAAAGGUGGAAUUUUAUUUGACGUAUUAGAGAAAAACAAAAAACUCGUAUGGCUAUGUUUUUCUUAUCAUCAUUAUUAUGUUAAAACUAUUGAUUUAACGGCUGAAAAGUUGUUACAGAUGGAAAUAAUAAAGGCUAUGAAUUAUAAAAUUGCAAAAAUACAUUAUUAUCAAUUUUCUAGAAUGAAGGCAAGGAGAACUAGAUUUGAAUACAUACGUAUGUGUCGCUAUUACUCUCUGCGAGAUAGAAGAAACUACGACACAGAAUUUGAGGGAUGGAGUUUGCCAUACAUCAACUGGUACCACAAGAAAAACAAAAAUGUUCACGUAUCAAACUACUUCUACAACUACAAUCCUCUCUCCGAGAUGCAGUAUUAA